UCGUUCACUUAAAAUAUUCAUCCAAAACACAGUUACAGCGCAUGCGUAUCAGUAUCGCUGUCACUAUUAUAGGACUAGUUAAAUGUCACGUAGCAUUUAAAUCGAUUUUUAAACAAAAUAGUUACACGGCUUCAAUGCAUUAACAUCUUUGGGACUGGAAUGUAUUAGCAUUAUCGGAACAGCACGCAAUCCGUAGCAGAUUUCAGUGUCGCUCGUCUUCUCUUGGUUCUGCAGAGACAUGUUUACAUCCCAGACCUCUUCCUUCCAGGAGUCCAUCGACGUGGAUGAAAGGGAUCCUGACUUCGACAACGAAGAGAUCGCAGGAUACAGCCACAACAUACAGCAGAUCAACAGCUACUAUGCCAUAUACUACUACCAGAACACAAGAUCUGAGGCUUCUGGAGACAGCGUGGCCUGGAGCCAGAGGAGGUCAGACUCAACCACAAGUCAGGAAGACUUUAGUCUGACGCUGCUGGACGCCAGCUUGCCCCCCGAGGCCGAGCCGGAGCUACGAAGCUACAUCUCCCGCAGACUGAGCAAGGGUGCUUUGCUCGGGGGCAUGGGGAACAUUGCCACGGUGGAGCUAAGCCUCCCUGAGCAAGCGGUGGGCUGUUACUGCUGUCUGCUGGAGCAGGAGAAAUCUCCAGAACAGCCUGAGGCCGACAGCAACGGCUGGGUGGUGUGUCUUCUCGGAGGAUCAGAGAAGGGCCUGAAUCAGUUUAGAAUUGAGCUGGACAAGUACGUCCAGGGUCUGCAGGGCUGUCUGACUCCAGAGAUGCAGAAUUUGGAGAAAGAAGUCAGUCCCUACCUGAACCGCUGGUAUGAAGAGUCAGUGAUGCACAUUCACAGAGUGGUCCAGCUGCUGCAGGCGAACGUCGGGUACCUUCUGCAUGCUGCUUUGAGUCACAAACUCGUCGAGGUCACAGGGACCGAUGAGAAGACAAAAGCAGACAUAGCAAGAUUUAUCAAAGCAGCAAGCCUGCAGGGUCUAGUUCAGGAAGACACCACUGCAGCCUCCCUCUGUAAGGCCAUCUCAGAGGACUCUCACACCGGUCUGAUCAUCGACUGCUCCACAAGCCCACCUACACUCACCAACGAAGUCAGUAACCGGUUCUGCGAUGACUGGAUCCAGGCCUUCCUCAAUGCUGCUGAGCGCUUUAACCCUUUCCUUCUCCGCCAAAUCCUGGAGAACUUUAAACUUAAGGCCAUCCAGGACAUGAACAACCUGAAGCGCUUCAUCCGUCAGGCUGAAAUGAGCCACUACGCUCUGUUCCACUGCUGUCUGUUCCUGCAGAGCUGUGGGAACGGAGACGUGCUGCUGCAGAACGCGCGGGCCGAGCACAGCAGCCUUCCUGAGGCCUGUGGCAUCAUAACUGUGCUGGAGGAGUUUCUCGGGGAGCACGCUCAGGGCACGCUGUACUGACACCACAGUGUUACUGUACAUGCACGCACCUGUCUAAAAGCAUUCUGGAGGAGGAUGCCCAGAAUUACUAUUUAACACCCAUAAUCAUAACAGUGUGGUUUGCAUUUUGAGCAACUUCAACAAACUUGAAUUGAAACACUAAUUAUGGUCCAUCUUUGUGUGUGUUGAGGU